AAAGAAGAAGAAACAAUUCAUAUGUAGAGGAACUGGUUACAGAUCCCGUUUUAGAGAGAGAGAGGCGAAACUUCUCAGGAUUUCUCUCUUUUUUCAGACCUAGUUUCUCGGAGAAGGUCGACUUCAUCUCUAGAAAAGACAGGCGAAAGGCAGAAGCUUACCUAGCUUCAUCAAACAACUGCACUCAGAGUCUCCAUAGUUGCAAUGUCUGGAGUUGGCAGACCUUCUGUAUUCAUGUUUCAUAGAUGGAUGCACACCUCCUCCUCCUAUUAUAGUCCUAGUGUAACCUUGAAAAAGAAGAUUGCUCAGCUAGAGAAGAUCAGGAAAAGGAAAAACCCUAAAAAGGAUCAACUAUUUGUACAAGUUCCAGAUUCCUUAAAAUGGCUUGACACUGCAACAUGGCCAUUGAUCAUUUCUACUGUUGGAAUUGCAGCCUUUGCAAAAAUUUUGAUGAUGUAUGAUGAUUCCAAAUCCCAAGAGACGAUUGAACGCAAAAUAAAGAACGCACCUGAAGGUCAAGGCACAGUUAGGAUGUUGAGUCGCGAAGAGUGGGAAGACAUAAAAGAUUUACCGCCCAGGACUCCAUUUGAGUCAAAGUUUGCUCGCACAAAUGCAAGAAUAAGAACAGAGGAACACUUACGCUUGGAUGAUUUGAAGGAUUGGACCGUUGAUGUACUGACAGAUGCGCUCUCGCGGGCUGAAGAGAGUGUAAAAAAUAAAUCCAAGUCAGUUUAGUAUGUUUUGAAUGCUUCAAAAGGAGAAGUUACAAACACUAAUUGAAUGCUUGCUUACUUGGUAAUGUGAGCUGCUGUAUUUAUUUUGUUUUUUAAUAGACAGAAUUUGAUGCAUUUAUAGAGUGACUAUACAAAUAAAGCUGUUGCCACAAUUACAAGUU